AAUUCCGCCAAACAUCCAAUCCACCAAUCCACUCCUGCUGCUCAUCAGCCCAGUGAAAAUUUAAAUAUUUUUUUAUAAGUUUUAUUCUAGUUUCGCUAAUCAAAAUAUUUCGUGCUGAUUCCACAGUGUAUUAUUCGUUCAUGUAUUAAGUUAUUAGUUUAUAUCGCAAAAUUGAAUUUAAAAAUUUAUACUCAAAUUACGCCGUAUUUUCAUCGAAUUGAUCAUCAAUAUGUCCAAGGACAUUCGAUCGUUCUUUUCUGCGGGGUCCAAGUCGAAAAAACCGGAUCCACCAACCCAUUCCUCCGGUUCCUCUUCGGGUAAGCGCAAGGCCAUUAUCGACAGCGACGAAGAACCAGACGAUCGCAGGAAACCCGUUCCUACGCCAGAAAGAUCGAGUUCCUCCAGCGGCUCCUCACAUCACAAAAAACGCCGUGUAAUCGAAUCCGACGAUGAGGACAGCAAAAAGAGCCCGACAAAGAAGAAAAGCUCAUCGUCAUCUUCGUCGAAGCCGGAUUUGUCUAAACUAAAGCCAGUCAAUGCGGCAGAUAUUUUCAGUUCCGCCCCGGUGAAAAGAACAGAAGUUCCGAGACCGACCAAAAAAGCGAUUAAAGAGGAGAUUGAAAUUCAUUCUGAUGAAGAGUUUGAGAAGACUUUGCAGGGAUUAGAUGAGGUUAUUCCGGCAACACCAGAGCCUGCAAAAAAGAAAAUAAAGGAGAGUCCUGUAAAGCGGAAGGAAGAAAGCUCGGUUAAGAAAGCUGAGAAGGAAAGUCCAGUAAGGAAGAAAGAAACAAAUGGAAAUGCUAACAAGGGAGAGAAACCAAAAGAAGAGCAUAAGAAGAAGACACCUACUCCGGAAAAGCCUAAAGAGAAGCCAAUCAUAAUAAAAACAGAAAGUACCAGUGAUGGAGGAGGAACACCAAAAAGUUCCAAAAAGAAUCUCAAUGAAUCGGUUCUUACAGAUGAAGAGCGAUACGAGAGAAAGCGAAUGUCCGCGGCGUUAUAUCAAAAGUUCAAAAAUCGGCAAGGCCCAGCCAAUCUGGGUAGCAAGGAAAUUCCUAAGGGAACCCCGAACUGCUUAGCAGGACUGCAGUUUGUUGUAACUGGAGUAUUGGAAUCUAUGGAACGUGACGAGUGCGCUCAGGUUAUUAAAGAUUUUGGUGGAAAAGUGGUCAGUUCUGUCUCGAAGAAGCUGACGCACAUGGUGGUCGGGGAUGAUGCAGGGCCUUCGAAGCUAGCCAAGGCCGAAGAGCUUGGCAUUCCUCAAAUUUCGGAAGAUGAGCUGUUGGAUCUAAUUCGAGAGAAAUCGGGGCUGCCGAAAAAGGGUAACACGAAUGGUUCCAGUUCUAGUUUGAAGGAAGAGAAAAGCAAACCUAAAGAGGAAAAAUCUCCAACUCCUAAAGAAAAGAAAAAGAAGGUGAAUGACGAACCUGAGAGUAAGAAGAAGAAGUUUACCCCAGAAAAGAAACAUAUUCCGGAUAAAAAGCUUACAGAAUUCAGCCCUACGGUUGCAAAAAUGCCGAAGAUUCCAAAAUUAGAGAAAAGUUCUUCUGAUUCAAAACCCUGCAAAACCGAGAAGAUAUCACCACAGAAAAAAUCUCCGAAGAAAUCGCUGUCGUCUGAAUCAAUGGUGCCUAUAAAACGCGAAAUUACCUCCUACGAGAAGGACAUCCACAGCUCUGAAAACAUGGCUUGGGUCGACAAGUACAAGCCAAGCUCGGUUAAGCAAAUCAUCGGUCAAUCCGGGCCGGCCAGUAACGUUAACAAACUUCAAAUUUGGCUUUCGAAGUGGCACUCGAAUCACGAUGGCAAGAAAAAACUUACUCGACCGAGCCCUUGGGCCAAAAACGAUGACGGUGCGUUCUUCAAGGCAGCCCUUUUAUCCGGCCCUCCAGGUGUGGGCAAAACCACUACGGCCACGCUGGUCUGCAAGGAGCUGGGAUUCGAUGCGGUCGAGUUCAAUGCGUCCGAUACGCGCAGCAAGAAGCUGCUGAAGGAAGAAGUGUCCGAACUGUUGAGCAACAAAUCGCUGUUCGGUUACUUCACUGACGGUGGAAAGGGCGACAAAGUUAGCAAGAAGCAUGUCCUGAUCAUGGAUGAAGUAGACGGAAUGGCCGGGAAUGAGGAUCGCGGUGGAAUCCAGGAACUGAUCAGCCUUAUCAAGGACAGCCAUGUUCCGAUUAUUUGCAUGUGCAACGACCGCAACCAUCAGAAGAUGCGAUCUUUGGUGAACUACUGUUUCGAUUUGAAGUUCAACAAACCGCGAGUGGAGCAAAUUAAGGGCGCUAUGAUGUCCGUUUGCUUCAAAGAGGGCCUAAAACUUGCUCCUGGAGCUCUGGAGGAAAUCAUUUCUGGCACAGGAGGUGAUGUGCGCCAAACAUUGAACCACCUGGCGUUGUACAGUGCCGGAAAGUCCAUCGGAACGGGCAACCUCAGCGCAGAUCAAGCCAAGAAAGAAGCGGAAACAGCCCGUAAAGAUGUCAAGAUGGGUCCGUGGGACGUAGUGCGGAAGGUGUUCUCCGCCGAGGAACACAAGAACAUGUCCAUUCACGACAAAUCGGACUUGUUCUUUAACGAUUACAGUAUGGCUCCGUUAUUCGUUCAGGAGAACUACCUGAAGGUAACGCCUCGGGUUCCAAAGCCGAAGUUGAUGGAUCAAGUGGCUCUCGCAGCGGACAGCCUUAGCCGGGGAGACUUGGUCGAUCGGCGAAUCAGAUCCAACAUGGCAUGGUCCCUGCUUCCGUUGCAAGCCAUGUACAGCUCGGUUCUGCCCGGCGAAUACAUGGAGGGUAACUUCACUGGCCAAAUCAACUUCCCCGGAUGGUUAGGCAAAAACUCUAAGGCUACUAAACGGAAACGUUUGGCCCAGGAGAUUCAUGAUCACACACGGAUCAGCACAUCCGGUUCAAGACUAUCGGUUCGUUUAGAUUACGCGCCAUUCCUGGUGAAUGCCAUUGUGCGGCCUCUGAAAGAGAAAGGAUCGGAAGGAGUCCCUGAGUCACUGAACGUGAUGAAAGAGUAUCGCCUGCUAAGAGAAGAUUUGGAAUCAUUGAUCGAGCUGACCACGUGGCCAAAAAAGAAGAGCCCCAUGGAGGAAGUCGAUGGAAAAGUGAAAGCUGCUCUAACCCGAGCAUACAACAAAGAAAUAGCUCCGUACUCAUAUUCUGCUGUGAACGCAGUGAAGAAAAAGCGAGCGGAAGCCGCGGCCGAUGAAGCGAAUGAAUUGUAUGAAGGAGAGGGGGAGGAAAACGCAACGAUGGAUUCAGACGAAGAGAAAGCGGACGAUGAUCUCGAGAAUAAUGCGUUUAUCAAGGUGAAGAAGAAGCCAACGGCGAAGGGUGAUGGGGCAUCUGCUGGUGGAAGCAAAGCAGGCGCAUCCAAAGGAAAAGCUAGCACAUCUAGCAAGGGUAAGAAAAAGUAACUUGUUUGAGCAGGACCUGCUCAGUUAUCAAGUUGAUGUUACUAAUAUUCGUAAUAAAUUUGUUCUUUAGGCGAA